UGCUCGCACUCUGUUUACUUUGUCGGCUGGCAGUGUGUUCAGUUCAGUGUGAAGGAGCCGGCUCUGUAGAUAUGAGCAGCUGGCAGCUGUGAAGCCUCUCAGGACUUCCGUCUGCUCAGACGUGUUAACGAUGCUGCUGGACGAGCGGAUCUGGUUGCUGUUUAAGCGCCACUGGCCACAGACUCUCACCUACUGGAGCGUGUUCUUCAGCUUCGGCCUGUGCAUCGCCUUCCUGGGACCCACUAUCCUGGACCUGAGGUGUCAGACCCAGUCGACCCUGCAGCAGAUCACCUGGGUGUUUGUCUCUCAGCAGUUCUUUCUGCUGGUGGGCAGCAGCGUGGGAGGACUGUUUAAGAAAACCCUUAAGUCCUCGCUCUUAGCCCUCUUCAGCUGCACCCUCAUCAUCUCGCUGGUGUUUGCCGUCAUACCACUAUGUCACCACGUCAUACUGCUGUCCAUCGCCAUGGCGCUGGCUGGCAAAGCCAUGGGCGUGAUCGACACCAUCGCCAACCUGCAGCUAGUGAAGCUGUACCAGAAGGACUCUGCCAUCUUCCUGCAGGCCUUGCAUUUCUUCACAGGCCUUGGGGCACUGGUCAGUCCCCUGGUGGCCGAUCCCUUCCUGGCUGAGGACAGCUGUGUGCUGGGAGCUAACUUGACCACCAACUCAUCCUCUCCCAGGAACCUACAGCAUCUCCGCAGCACCCUCGCUGGCCAUGGAGCAGCACUGCACACCAUCUCUCACUUUCGUCUGUAUACUGACGGGGUUGUCGUCACCAGGGUGUCGUAUGCUUUCUGGAUCAUGGCUCUUAUCAAUCUCCCUGUCCCAGCGGCAGUGCUCGCAUUGAUGUCCCAUGAGCGAUUGCUGCCUUGCUCCAGAAGCAGUCCACGUCUGCUUGAUGCAGACUCCAACAGGAGCCCCACGGGGGACACGGACCAAGAACAUGGGAGUGUUUUUAGCUGCUGUAACCCUGCCAAACUCCGGGAUCGCUCUGCUACUUUCUUCAUCAUCCACGCUCUAGGAGGAGCUAUCCUCUUUAUCACAGAUGGGAUUAUAGGCUCUUAUGCUGGCUUCGUCUACACCUACGCCGUCUCCCCUCCUCUGCUGAUGGGCCAUAAGAUGGCAGGCUGUCUGGACAGCAUAUUCUGGGCCGCGAUCACCGUGGGAAGACUGGCUUCAAUGUACUUGUCCUACAGAUACACGGCACCCAAGCUGCUCACCGUCAGUCUGGUGGGAGUCAUACUGGUUCAGUGCCUGCUGUUAAUCUUCUACACCAGCUCUGUGUUUCUGUUCUUUGGCACCUGUGUGUUGGGCCUGUGCAUCAGCAGUGUGUUCCCCUCUGUGUUAGCCUUCACAGAGGACAUAUUAGAAUACAAAGGCUGUGCCACAACAGUGCUGGUAACGAGUGCCAGCACGGGGGAGAUGCUGCUUCAGCUGCUUGUUGGAUCGGUGAUCCACAGUCAGGGCAGCUACUCCUUCCUGCUGUGCGGUACAGUAGCAUCCUUUAUCGGCUUCUGCCUGUUCCUGCUGCUCCUCUAUAUCCAGAAUAUCCACAGAAGCCAGCACACAGAUUUGUCUCAAUGCACAGACAUGAAAGAGAAGCCAAAGACCGGAGACUCGUGACACACUGGAACCCAGAGAACAGAGGAUACAGCAAAGGGAGAAAUACUUCAGGAGAAGCUGACACUUCUUCCCCCGGGUGGAGGGUUCACAAUCACACUCCUGCGUCAUGGAAAUCACAUGCUGAAUAAUUAUUUGCACCCUACUUUCACAGCCUGAUGAUCAACAAACGGCUCAAUGGAUGAUUAGAGUGUACACAAUCAUCUCUUUGAGCACAUUAAACUGUGCGUUGAUUAAAUACGACCUCUUCAGUAUGAAUGUGAAUGGACUCUUAUAAUAGGACUCGUUCGGUGGUGGAAAAUAAAGAUAAGAUGCAGUCGGUUAGAGAUCUUUUAUUAUUGGUUUCUCCUACUGCAAUUCUUCUUAUAUCAACUCUUCCUCACACAUCAAUACGCAAUACAGUCAAUCCUGUGUGUGCAUGUAAAGUGAGUCACUAAUGGAGAUUAUCAGUCAUCAAAAGUGGUUUUGGAUGGGGCCAGACUGCAGGCCUUUCUCUGAAGUGUUUCACUUUUGAACUGGUAGAUGUUACGAGCAAAGAGUUUCAAUUCACUUUCACUUAUAUAGAACCAAAUCACAACAACAGUCACCUCAAGCACUUCAUAAGGUAAAGAUCCUACAAUAAAAUAGAUGGUAAUCAAGUUCUUAUAUAGUGCUUUGCUAUUCUACCUGAACAAUCCAAGCACUUUAUACAUCAUGUCUCAUUCACCUAAGUGCUUUUCUUCCCUAUGCUUAAGUACUUAUAAGUAGUAUAUCCAACAUUUACACACUGAUGGAUGCAAGCUUCUGUUUAGUAGAUGACCUCUUGAGCUACAGCCACACCAGACAACAAGCAAAGUGUCAGAUACCAAAAGAUCUUAUCUUUCAAUUCAAGUGUCUUAUAUAGACUAUAUGUUAUGCAUAUUCGACUUAACGGUUCUUUUAUUCUAGAAGUUUAAAUUUGGUUUUGCCAUAUGUCAUUUGAAAGGGUACUAAGUGGUGCUGUAAAGACGAUUCCCACGUCUGGUAGGCCUUCAAAAGAAUCCUGAGGGAGGCUGGGGAGCUCAAGUGUACCAUGUUCAACAUACCAUUUAUAUUAAAAUGGUUACCUGUGGUAAAACGACUCAGUAUCCCAACACCUUCCAUAGUUACACCUCUUUCAUAGCGUGCGGCUCAUAAAAAUCGGUAAUCCAUUAUCUCAGAUUAUUAGAAUAUUUUCCAAGGUCAAGCAGAAAAGUAUUUACAGAAAUAUCUGAAAAGUAUGCUCAUUUAAAUACUGACUGUAUUGAUGGAGUUCAUUAGCUUGUGGGACUGCUGAGGUGUUAUUAAAGCCUAGGUUGCUUUGAUAGCGGUCUUCAGCUCAUCUGUAGUUUGAGGUUGGGUGGUUCUUGUCUUUUUUUUCAACAUGUGGAGUUCAUGUGUGAGCGAGUUGGCUGGCCAGUGGGAAUAUGGCCAGAAAAUCAUUUGGUAAAGUUCUUCUGAAAAGCUAAAGUCCAUCUCCAUAUAGCUUGUCAACAGAUUAAAGCAUGAAGUGUUCUGAAAUGACAUGGCAAAGUUUGGCUUUUGACUUUAUAAUAGUGGACCGACCACCACAAAUACCAGCAAAGGACAUGGUGCAAGAGUCAUCACAGGCUUUACACUAGACUUCAAACACCUUGGACUUACUGCCUCUCCACUCUUCCUCCAGGAUUUUCAAAUGAAGUACAAAAUUUGCUUUAAUCUGAAAAGAGGACCGGAUCACAGAACAAAAGUCCAGUUUGUUGCGUCCUUAGCACAGCUCAGAAGCUUCUCACACUUCAUUCAGGAGCGACCUGAGGUGGCUGUAGCUCAGGAGACAGCGCAGGUCAUCUGUUAAUUAGAAGGUUGGUGGUUUGAUCCCUGGCUGUUUCAGUCUGCAUGCCAAAACACCUUUGGGCACAUUAAAUUCUUAAUAUUUGAGAGUUUAUUAAGGUUCAUUCUUAAAGUCUUUCAAGAGUUUUCAGUCAAGACGCUUUCACUGUUUGAACUGGACAGAUCAAUGUGGUAACUUAAGCACAUAACCUAGUCUGGAACAACUUGUAUUCAAAGUGGUGAUGUAGACAAUGUAGCAAUGUUUUCAAGCUUGAUGCUGAUGCUGCUGGACUACAGCACUACUGGAAUUACAACAGAGAAUCGAUGUAUUUAGAGGCUAUUCCUGAUCAUUUACGGUCAAUAAAAUUAAAUUCACUUUU